AGGAAGUCCCUUGUCGGGAGGUUCCGGGUUUCCUGGGCUACUACGAUGGCGAUGAGUUUCGAGUGGCCGUGGCAGUAUCGCUUCCCGCCCUUCUUUACGUUACAGCCGAACGUGGACACUCGGCAGAAGCAGCUGGCCGCCUGGUGCUCGCUGGUCCUGUCCUUCUGCCGCCUGCACAAACAGUCCAGCAUGACGGUGAUGGAAGCGCAGGAGAGCCCACUCUUCAACAACGUCAAGCUACAGCGGAAGCUUCCUGUGGAAUCAAUUCAGAUUGUAUUAGAGGAACUGAGGAAAAAAGGGAACCUCGAAUGGUUGGAUAAGAACAAGUCUAGCUUCCUGAUCAUGUGGCGGAGGCCAGAAGAAUGGGGGAAACUCAUUUAUCAGUGGGUUUCCAGGAGUGGCCAGAACAACUCAGUGUUUACCUUGUAUGAACUAACCAAUGGAGAAGACACAGAAGAAGAGGAGUUUCAUGGGCUGGAUGAGGCGACCUUACUGAGAGCUCUGCAGGCCCUACAGCAGGAACAUAAGGCUGAGAUCAUCACCAUCAGCGAUGGCCGAGGUGUGAAGUUCUUCUAGCGAAGACCUGUCUCUCCCUUACUACUUACCUCCCACCUUUCUAGGGCUUGCAAAAGGAGACAGACCUAUUGUCUCUACAGACUGGAUCUUUGACUCCACUAUACUCAAAGGGCUCCAGGCCUGAAGGCUGGGACCUAGGGAUAUGUUUCCCUUAUCCUCCCUAUGUAUCUGUCCCUGGAAUAGGUUAAGCCCAAGAUGCCACAAAGAAAGGCUGUGCUUCUUGCCCUACCUCCCCUCCUAUGGUAGACUGUCCCUGAGGCAUAGUCUGUAAACCUGUCUCUUUACAUGUGUCUUCACACGUAAGUACCUAAUACACACAUGAGCCUGCACAAGCUUCUGUCUCCUCCCCUCCCUCCCCCUUAGCUGCUGUUGCCUCCCUUUAUCAGGCUGGUGCUGGAUCGAUCCUUCCUAGGGGUUGGGGGAAGCCCUGGCUGCAGGCAGCCUUCCAGGCAAUAUGAAAACAGGAGGCCCCAGAAGGGGCCUGGCAGUGAGAGGCAGGCCCACACUGAUUUAUGAUAUUAAAAUCUCAAUUCCC